AUGUCUGGCAAAGGCAAAGGUGGACGCGGUAAGGCUGGCAAGAAGAGUGGCAGCGGAGCUAAGUCUCGGUCCGCCAAGGCCGGGCUACAGUUCCCUGUUGGCCGUAUCGCGAGGUACCUCAAGAAGGGGCGUUAUGCCAAACGCGUAGGUUCUGGGGCGCCAGUUUACUUAGCUGCAGUCUUGGAGUACCUCGUCGCUGAGAUUCUCGAGCUCGCCGGUAACGCUGCGCGUGAUCAUAAGAAGACUAGGAUCAUUCCUC